GGCAGCUCUGCACAUCACUCACACCGUCGCACUUGGCUGCUUCAACCGCUCUCGACUCGGGUAUCUGCACCGGCCUUUAGACUUUUCUAUCUGUAAUAUCCGAAGCGUUAUAGCGAAAGUGAACCAGCAGUGGAUUGCCCCCAUGAGAAGCCAUGAAGUGAACGGGGUGUCGUCGAAGCAGUUGCUGCUGCCGCCUUUGAGUACGGAGCUGGCAUCUCGGCGCCUGCAAGAAUGGAUGAGUUUGGUGUUGGCAAUUGCAUUCUGCAAAAGAAAAAGCCACCGAGGCUAAAAUUGGACAUCCCAGUCAUCCAGCUGACCCCUGAUGAUGCAACCACAAGCACACAGCAGCCAGUCAAGCGCCUGCGCAGUGUCAGCAUACCAAGUGAGAACCCCCAGAUCCACAUCAGUGCCUUGGAUACAUCCAACAACUACCUCAGGCCCCCGAAAGAAAGACUUCCCUCCUUAACACAGUCCAUCAAGCGUGGCAAAAGAGUCCGAUUUGAGCGGGUCAACACGGUCCCACCAAAAGGCCCGCGGAGGGUGUCCAUGGACAGAAGAAGAUCAUGUGUUCCCAAAAUACUGGCCAGACGUCGAUCUUCUAUUCCCAAACAAAUCAUGAGGGGCACGGCAGACUGGUUUGGGGUGAGCAAGGACAGUGAUAGCACCCAGCGAUGGAGAAGGAAGAGCCUGCAGCACUGCAGUCACCUCUACGGUGGUCUGAAGACGCAGGUGAUGAGGGAGAUGGAGCUCAACAGCCUGGACAACUUCUCCCUUGCCAGCACUGAGACCCCUCCUCCCCUGUAUCUUUCACCUCACCACCCCACUCAGCAAUAUUAUGGCAUGCAGAGGAUAGUCGACCCGCUGGCCCGGGGUCGUGCCUUCCGCAUGGUGGAAGAUGAGGGCGGCCUCAGUGUGCUGCCCUCUCCUGGCACACCCUCCCUUUGCUCCCUCUCCAGCUCUCGCUCGGCCCUCAACCGGUUACCAAGGCGACGGAAGAGGGAGUCUGUAGCUGUGAUGAGCCUCAAGGCUGCGGCCGCAUUGAUGAAGGGAAGGACGCUGGGUGAGAGCACAACCGGUCACCACCGCAGACGCAGUUUCAUGCCACCUAGUUUCCUUGAAGAGGACACUGUGGACUUCCCUGAAGACCUGGAUACGUCGUUUUUCACCAGAGAAGGCCUGUCAGAUGACCAGUCCAGUUACGCUGAUGAAGUUUUUGAGACAUCUUCCGAGGCGGCUUUUAAGCAGCUGGAUGAGAGUGAGCAGACAGGAAAUGUGCUGGAUCGAACUGAACUAGAGAGACGUCACCUGAUGAUACCUCUGGAUCGAGGAUGGCGAAAGGCAAGAGACGGCAAUGUGGUUCAACCGAAAGUGCGUCUGAAGCAGGAGGUGGUCAGUGUCAGCCACCAUCAGCCACGUGGACAGAGGAUAGUGGUACCUGUUAAGAAGCUCUUUGCCAAAGAGAAGCGGCCUUAUGGGCUGGGGAUCAUCGGCCGACUGACCAAUCGGACCUACCGCAAGCGAAUAGAUAGCUACGUCAAGAGGCAAAUAGAAGACAUGGACGACCACAGGCCUUUUUUUACCUACUGGAUCACAUUUGUUCAUCUGCUCAUCACCAUCCUGUCCGUCACCAUCUACGGCAUCGCUCCUGUCGGCAUCUCUCAGCACGAAACAGUCGACUCUGUGUUGCGCAAUAAAGGGGUCUAUGAAAAUGUGAAAUAUGUACAACAGCAAAACUUCUGGGUGGGUCCCAGCUCAGAGGCACUGAUCCAUCUUGGAGCCAAGUUUUCCCCAUGUAUGCGACAAGACCAGGAGAUCCAUAAUUUAAUUCAGGAGAAAAGAACAAAGGAGAGGGAGUCGGGCUGCUGCGUGCGGAACGAUCGCUCCGGUUGUCUGCAGACGUUGCAGGAAGAGUGUUCGAGUACUUUGGCAGUGUGGGUGAAAUGGCCUCAGCACCCCAGUGCUUCUUUUCUGAAUGGAAAACUGCGCCAGUAUGGUGCAGUCUGCCAUCAAGACCCCAGAAUUUGCCAGGAACCUGCCUCUGUCUCGCCUCAUGAGUGGCCUGAAGACAUCACCAAGUGGCCAAUCUGCACACGGUACGAUCCUGGCAAUCACACCAACCUUCCUCACAUCGACUGCACCAUCACAGGCAGGCCCUGCUGCAUUGGAACCAAAGGACGAUGUGAAAUCACUUCCAGAGAGUAUUGUGACUUCAUGCACGGCUACUUCCAUGAGGAGGCCACACUGUGUUCACAGGUGGCGUGCAUGGAUGAUGUUUGUGGUCUGUUGCCUUUCCUCAACCCAGAGAUCCCGGACCAGUUCUCCCGGCUCUGGUUGUCCCUCUUUCUCCACGCUGGAAUCGUGCACUGUCUGGUGUCGGUGCUGUUCCAGAUGACUGUGCUGAGGGACCUGGAGAAACUGGCUGGCUGGCUGAGGAUCUCCAUCAUAUACGUGCUGAGUGGCAUCAGUGGAAACCUGGCCUCUGCUAUCUUCUUGCCUUACAGGGCCGAGGUGGGGCCAGCUGGGAGUCAGUUUGGCAUUCUUGCGUGCCUAUUUGUGGAGCUUUUCCAGAGCUGGCAGAUCCUCGAGCGGCCGUGGCGAGCAUUUGCAAAGCUGCUGGCCAUUUCCGUCUUCUUCUUCUCUUUUGGACUACUCCCAUGGAUCGACAACUUUGCCCACAUCUGCGGCUUUGUGUCGGGAUUCUUCCUCUCAUUUGCCUUCCUGCCAUACGUCAGCUUUGGCCCCUCUGACAUGUAUCGUAAGAGGAUCCAGAUCUGUGUGUUUCUGCUAGUGUUCCUGGGUCUGCUCUCCGCCCUGGCUGUCCUCUUCUACGUCUACCCCGUCAAAUGUGAAUGGUGCGAGUACCUGACCUGCAUCCCCAUCACAGACAAGUUCUGUGAGAAGUACGACCUGAAUGCACAUCUCCAGUGAACCACUGUCUCCUUUUUUGUGGAUAGUAUUUGCGUUUUACAGUUUAUUUAGAGGAGAAGUGUGUGACUGAUAAUUGCUGGACAGAUCAAUGACCAGUUACAUGGGCUUCCUUCAGUCAAACAACAUUUGGAGGACUAUUGAAUGAGUCCAGUGCCUUAUUAUUACAUUUCUAUGAGGACGCUGGAUGUCCUCAUAUAGAAAGGCUGUGUAUUUUGAAGAUGCUGUGUGAGAGUCAGCUGACUGUAAACAUGUUUCUGUUUGUGCAUUUGAUGGCCACUUUUUACUGCACUUUUGAUGAUUUCUUUGGCAGAUUUUAUACUGCUGCCUGACACGUCUACUUGUUGGAAUUAUUGUGGUGAACAUAUGUGUGUGUAUUUGAGGUGCCGUUUUAGCCAUCGACCACAAUA